CUGUCUUGCGGAUAGCAACAUUACUGUUGAGUGUGUUUGUGUAUCCUGCACGUACCGGUGGGACGUAGAGAACCUGCAACGAAUAAAUCCCGACCAGGAUUUUGGUUCUUGUCUAGUCACGAAUGGUGAACUUGUCUGUGGAGUUUCUGUUAAAUAGUAGUUGUUUUGGCUGUAAAAAACCGCACAAAGAGCCUUGUAUCCUCGAAGCUAUCAUGCUGAACACCGAGGAAAGCUCCUGGUUAGCCGGCUCUCGACUGCCAUGCUCUAACCCUCGGGCUCCAGGGCCUCUGUGGUGUUCCGAUGCCCCUCACCCACAACUGAAGAUCCCGAGUGGGCGAGGGACUGUCAGGGAUCACUCUUUCGUCGUGCUACUACACAAGGAUGAAAGGUUAACAGUGACGCAGGACUCUGCAGCCAGUGGGAACACCUCUCUUCUGCACUUUCACUAUCAGCUGACUGAGCGCCGCUCGGCCUCCUGGGAUACAGCUUUAUCAGGGGAAUUUCUGGAGUUUCCUGCUGGAGUUCUCGUUGAAGGGAGCAAAGAAGGGCUGACUGCUCUGCUGGAGUUUGCAGAAGAGAAGCUCAAAGUUAACCAGGUCUUUUUGUGGUUCCAGAAAAACAGAGAGGAUCGAAUGUCCAUCAUCAGGACCUUCCACUACAUGGGCUUUGAGAUGGUGAAGCCAGGUGACCCCAUGGUACCAGCCCGGCCCGAUCUGGCCUUCAUGGUUUACUCUCUGGACAACAGCAGCUCAGAUGAGGAGUGACUCCUACAUCAUCCACGCCCUGACAGCCUCAACACCCUCCCCCUCUUUUCUACAUACACGUUCACACUCCGGACACUUGCCCCUGCACCACCGCACCUCACCACCAAAAUAUCUCAAAAACUGAAGGUGUCAUCUUUUCUUCCUCUUUCACAAACUCGUGGUUUUCAAUGAGGUUUUUUUGGGAGUGGUAUCAGUUCCAUGUGACACAAACACCUUUGCCCCUCCCUCCUCUGUCUCUCUUCCCCCGUGAAUAACUGCUGAUUGGUGAUUGGAGGAGGCUGGUGGAGGUUGUCACAUGCAUUGUGGGAUUUAAUUUUUUUUUUUUUUAUUGUUUGGUGUAUUUUGUGACACUUUUACUUCCUCAGUUAGACAGUCAAAGUAAGCUAGUGUUUGGCAUAAAACAGUCACUGUAUUUCUGCUCACUGCUUCUCCCCUUUUUGUUGAAAAUAUAAAAACGUUGGUUUGUUUGUCUGAUGUAAACCACGCAGAUUGUAACAUUAGGGAUAAGAACUGUUUUUUUGGAGGAGUCUUGGUAUAAACACUGAAAACCUUUGUUUAGGAUUAUUACAUGGCAGUAAAGGCCUGAUCUGUUACUGAUAAAUAUUCACACUUAUUCACACAUUUUCCUGAAAUACAUCACAUCAUUCCAGCACAUCGCUAAACUUUUACACUCAUAACCAUGUAGCCACGAAUGGAGGAACUUUGCUUAAGUGUGUGUGUGUGGGGGGGGAGAGAGUGAAACACCUACGUAGUAUUUGUGCAGUAUUUUAUUUCAUACAAAACACAUUGCAGAGUUUUUUUCCCCCCCAGAUUUUAAGCUGAACAAUUGUUGUUUAAAAACUCCACUUAUCAAUGAGUUCAACUAAAACCUACAGGAUAACGUUUGAUUCUAAUCCAGCUUCAGCCCAACAGCAUCAUGGAGAUGAGCAUCAAAUCAAAAAUGAAGUUUUGUCAUGAACUCCAAAAAGUGCAGUAAUACUAUACUAUGAUGCAACUCCUCCAUUAGGAGCUUGGUUUCAGUCCAUUGUGCUUUAUCACCUGAUUACUUCCUAACAUAAUGUAACUGGGGAAAAUAACAUCCUGUAGCCUCGCAGUUACAGGAUCAAGCUUGUGGUCAUGGGAUUGAUGAGGGUUUGAAUUCUAAUUGAGACCAUUAAAUAGUUUACUGAAAUGAUUUUCCACCUGUAACAACAGUACAUUGAUUUAUUUAUUUUUUUUUGUAAAUUUGGUUGAAAAUUGUGAAAAUAUUUGGUUAUCGGUUUAUCAUUUUAAAAAAAAAAUCUGGCUUGUGAUCAGAGUUGACAUUUACUACUUUGCUGUAAUGUAUUUUCUGAAAGUUUGAUGUUUAUCUCUGUGACGAGACACCAGCUGUGGGUAGAAGAUACUGCAGGAUCCUGCAGCUGCUUUCUGUGCCUAAAAAGAGAAACGUGCAAUGUAAAUUUUUUUUUUUUGCUUUUAAGUCUUAUUGGAAAGAAAUUAGUUCAUAAGUCACUUUUCAUCCCAUGCAGAUUCAGACUGUCCUGCGAGUGCAACCUUCAAGGUGAUGAAUCUUUUACAGUAUGCAAUUUAGAAAUCUUUAGUUUAUUUUCUCCUUGAAGUUUGGUGGCUGGUAGUUCACAGCAGUUAAACGCCAAAGAAUUCCCUGUGUCUGCUGUGGGGUGUAAAUGAUAUUAUUUACGGACGAAUCGAAAUCCAGUGUGGUAUGUAAAGCAAUACUAACCGACAUUCCCCAUGCCUGUCCUGUGGUUCACGUGAGGGUGGACAGUUUAUGUUGCAGUUGGAACGGGGGAGGGCCUUACUUACUUCUCUCUCAGUGCUACCGAUCGAUCCCUGACUGUAAGCUCUCGUAGGAAAAUGUCAACAUUUGAUUUUACUCAGAGGUAUAUUUUUAUGUAUGUAUAAUGUGUAAUGUAAUAGCUACAGGAUUUGUGUUUAGUUUUUGGUGGUUUUGGUUCCUACUGAAUGACAAUCCACUCUUGUAUACAAACUGGGGUGAAUAAAAGUUGAUAACCAUGUA